AUAAACUUGCAGAAAAAAUACCCAGAACAACUCAUUAAUUCUAAUUGUAAAUAUACUUUCUACUAACACACCAAACAAGUUAUUACUAACAUAAUAUGGAUGUAUUUGUCCCAAUUAAAUGCUUUCAUUUCAUUUAAUGGGAAAUUUUAAAACAUUAUCUUUGGCCCAUUGCUAAUAUAGAUACUUAUACGUAGGUACCUGUUCUAUUACAGAGAAUAUCAUUAUUUACUUUGUGUGAAUUUGUACCCAAUGAUAAUGAUAACUUUUGCUGUAAAUAUUUGAUUGUAGAAGAUGACUAUUUAAGUUUUAUUUUAUUGUAAUCGGGGCGGGCGACAAGAAAAGGACUGGUUAAUAGUUUAAUUAAUAAAAAAAUUACAAAAUGUCGGUGGUGUAUCAAGCUUUGUGCACUUUUAUUGUAUGCUUCAUCCGCAUGAGUCUCGUCAUCUCCUUCUCAUGGCCUGCCUUCACGACCAGCCUCUUCAAAUCCGAAGACACGCCGCUACACCGGCCUAUGACGGAAUUCGAAGUGGCGAUAUACGGCAGCAUGCUGUCUAUUGGUGCACUGAUCUUCACCCCUGUUAUGGGAUUGCUGCUCGAUGUGUUAGGACGAAAGAAAUGUAUGAUGUUGGCAGCGGUUACGCAUGUGUUCGCUUGGGUGAUCAUCGUGUUGACCAACCGCGUGGAAGCGCUGCUGUCGGCCAUGUUCAUCGCGGGCGGCGGCGUCGCCAGCUUCCUGGUCAUUCCCGUCUACAUCGCAGAGGUCUGCCAGCCGUCCGUGCGUGGCACCAUGACCUCCUGCAUGAUGCUGGCGUAUGGGCUGGGCAUGCUGGUCUCAUUCUUAUUAGCCAUACGCAAGACGUGCAAGAAUGUGUUGCGGCUGAACCGCGCGAUGCUGGACAAGUUGUCAGCAUUCGGUGUGUUCGAAAUAGAUGCAGCGUUCUCGCUGCGGCUGCUCAGCGCACUCGUACCCUACACCGUCAUGCUGCUGCAGUUUGCUUUUUUGACGUCCUAG